AUGGAGAAUUUUAUACAGAUUGGAGAAAAAUUCAGAUUGGAGGCAGAAAAGCUGCUCGAGUUUGUAGAAAAACAACAAAAGUUAGAAGAAGAAAGAAGGAGGGAAGAAGAAGAAAAAGAAGAAAAACGUCGAAAACUUGAGGAAGAAAAAAGGAGGGAGGAGGAAGAGAAGGUAGAAAAACGUAGACAGAAGAAGAGAGAGAAGACAAACGUGGACAAUUGGAAGAGGAAAAAGAAGAAAAGCGUAGGCAGUUAGAAGAAGAAAAGGAAGAGAGACGUCGAUUACUUGAGGAAGACAGAAGAAAGGAAGAAGAAGAGAAAGAGGAAAGGCGUAGAAGAGAAGACGAAGAAAGAGAAACUAGGCGGCAAGAACGCGAUCUGAGAAAAUUAGAGCUGGAAGCGGAACUGUUGAAGCAGAAAGAGGCUAUUGAAGUCGCUAAGAGAGAGCAUGAACUAGAGCUCGCCCGUCUAGCACAAGGCCGUAACGUCGUCGAACGCGCUGAAUUGAGAGAGGAUAGGGCCAAGGCAAAUCAAGGCCCUCAUUUGUCGAUUGCAAGGACGACUUGGAUGCUUACCUAA